CCUCAUCUCUUCCAGGUUACCAGAGAGGCCAGAAGCUGCUCUUCCAUUCUGCUCUGCCAACCAAUUUUGUGCUGCUCCCCCCAACUCAGGAACUACAUUCAGGAACUAACAGGGACACAAAGCUAAUUACCCCACUCUUUACUUUGGAGUUGCUAUUAUGCAGAAUUGCUCCUCCCCUCAUAACAAAAGGAACGAAGGAAGGAAAGAUGAUGUCCAAACCCCUCCUGAUAAUCAGCUCCUACUUGAUCUGUUUCAAAAAGAGGUGAACGGACUUUAAACCCCACGGCUACACCUGCUGUUUCUCUAAGAAAAGAUGAAGGCAAUGCUGGACUUUGAUGCUUCUGCCAGACUUUGAAGAUGUAGACGAUCUGAGAAUGGACUCUGCCUGUUUGUCAGAAUCAUUUCCUUCACUGUGGGCAUUUCCCUUUUGCUCCUCUGCCGCACUUCCAAUGGUUCCGGAGCCUCAGCAUCAUGCAGGGUGAAGGGGGAUGAUGAUGCCAAGCCCGCCUGCUUGCUGACUGCUUGCGCUGGAAUUUGGCAACUCUAAAUAGACUCCAUCCCAGCCAAAGGAAAACUAUUAGCCAGAUUGUUGUUCAAUCCUGGAAGAACGCGUGCCAGCCUGGCAGGCAGGCACAAGGCACGGUGGGGAAAGAGCACCCAUCAUGCUGUCUCUGAGUGGAGGCCACUGGUGCAGCAACAGGCUUUCCUCAAGAUGGAAAGAAACCAGCUUGCUUGCCUGUUGGCUUUCAUUCUGUGCAGCAGAGUCCCUCAUUGGUUGUCCGUCCUCUUGCAAGUGCAACAGUGGUACUCUGGAGGUAGACUGUAGUGGCUUGGGCCUUUCAUCCAUCCCCUUAGAUAUUCCUUCAAACACUAGGACCUUUUUUUUCCUCAACAACCAACUAAGCACUUUGUCAGAACAAGAUUUUGCCAAUCUCACCGCUCUCCAGAGACUGGAUCUUUCCAACAACUUUUUGGACCAACUUCCCGAGAAUGUGUUCAGAGACUUAGGGAACCUCACUGAACUACAACUGAGGAACAACAGCAUCAGGAGUUUGGACAAAGAUAUUCUGCAGAACACUGUCCUUCUGCGUCAGCUGGAUCUCUCCAUCAAUGGACUUUCUGAAAUACCUUCAGGCAUUUUUGAUGACCUCCCUUCUCUUCGUUGGCUCUCUCUCAGGUCCAAUCGCCUGCAGAAUUUGGACAGGGUAACCUUUGAGCCAUUAGUCAGCUUGCAGCAGUUGCAAAUAGGGGACAACCCCUGGGAAUGUGAUUGUAACCUCAGAGAUUUCAAAUACUGGAUGGAAUGGUUCUCUUAUCGAGGAGGCAAGAUAGACCAGCUGGCAUGUACUCUUCCUAAGGAGCUGCGGGGGAAGGACAUGCGCAUGGUGCCCAUGGAGAUGUUUAACUACUGCUCCCAGCUGGAGGAUGAGAACAGUUCUACUGUACUGGACAAUAUUGGUCCUCCUUGCAGUAAAGGAACAACUGCUCCCAAACCUAAAGCCAGUUCUGAAACAGAAGAGGAGCCCAGUGUGGGCUGCCCCCAGAAGCAAAGGUACCGACCUGUCAGUGUGCGCCGAGCCAUUGGCACAGUCAUCAUAGCAGGAGUGGUUUGUGGCAUUGUGUGUAUCAUGAUGGUAGUGGCAGCAGCCUAUGGUUGUAUCUAUGCAUCCCUCAUGGCUAAGUACCAUCGGGAGCUGAAGAAGAGGCAGCCGUUAAUGGGUGAUACUGAGGGUGAACAUGAGGAACAAAAACAGAUCUCCUCUGUGGCAUGAAUCUAGAAAUCAGUGACAGAAAAGAGCAGGAUAAAACAGAGGCCUAUAGCCUGGGCAGUUUUGCUUUUCCCCAGACAUGGAGAUGGAUUGUGCUGCUUUCUCUUUAUUCAAUUAGUCAAAUAUGCUUUAUGAGGAUACUGGCUCGGGAUUCAGUCCAUCUCACUUUUCUCUAUUCUCAUGUAAUUCCAAGAGACUAAAUUGUAGUCAGACCUCAAAAGCUCAUCAUCACUUCUCUUCUUUGCAGAAGGCUCCCCAUUAAGAAUUUCACCUGGGGAGCUCAGGCAACCCAGACUACUUUUCAUCCCUGCUUCACUUUCCCAUAGCAUCACAGAGCCUUGUGCAAACAAAAUGAGCAACUCAAGGCACCGAGACAUUUCCUGUUAAAACUGACUAAAAACUUCACAAGUCACUAUGAGUUGGGUCACUGACAUUGCCAGAUGGCAAUCCACUACACCCACCAGCUAUAUGGGUGGGAGCAACUCAUUUCACAACAACUCCAGGACCAAUGUACGUGAGUGCAUUAUAGCAACAGAGAGCCUGACCUCUCUACUUUUGACAUAAGACAGGAAUUAACAUUCUUUAGAAUCAAAAGCAGCACUUUGCACAUUCAUUCUGGCAUGCGCCCUCGUCAACAUACUAAAGGACUGGGACAAAUACAUUAACACAGGCUGAUUAACACUUAUGUAUACAAACAUGCCUAUACAUACCUAUGUUGCAUUGCAUACCACCUGUACAUGCCUAUUUGUUAAACACAAAAGAUGUACCAGCUCAUCCUCGUCGUAUGGAUAAUUUAUGAACCCAGCAAUUAUCAUUUAACAGUGCUGGAAAAGGAAAGGCGGUACAUGAGAGGAAACACGAUGAAUGCUAUUUAACAAGCAGUUACUUUGGGAAGGCUAGUAUGAUUGGUGCACAAGGGAAAAUGUUUUUCCCCAAGACAUUGGAGAAUUAAUCUGAAAGGCUCUUACCAGUCAUUGUGGCAGAAAUGGUCUCUCUAAGGAUUAAGAGGCUGCUCUUGCCUUUCUGAUCUCCUUAGUGAGUAUAUUGGGGAGAAAUACUGAAGUGGUUGUGAGUAUAUCAAACACCCUGGAGGUCAUAGCAAGAAUCAUUAGUGUAGCCAUGCGGCUGCUUCCACAUAUGCAGUGCAACAUAGGGUGGGUCUGAUGGGGAGGACUGGGGGCAUGAUUUAGAGCUAAAAAUGGAAAAACAAGGAGACUCUGUGUAAAAUGAAAAAAGGAGAAGCUGUUCAUGGACCUGAAGAUGUUAGUCAGCUUUUCAUGUAAACAGCUGAUACAGGCAUACAUAUAUAAUAUAUUCACUUGUGGGUUAAUAUACCAAGAACCCAUGUAAGAGUCCACCUAAAAACAUGGAUGAAAUUAAUGUUCUGAGCAACAUCUAUGGACAUUAUACAUGAAUGCAUUCAAACACACAGAGGCACAUACGAGCACAGGCAUUUGCACAUCCCUCCGUGACCAUAUGAAUUCCUGCCCUGAAUACCUUUUACAGGUCUGUAGCACAUCACAUAAGCCUCAUCUCUUUUCCAACUGAUGGCAGAGGUGCGGAAGGGGAGGGGCGGAGAAUCAGCAUAAGGACGCAUUUGAUAUCAGUGGAAGUGGGAUAAAAUGCUGUCUCCAGGGGAGAGCACAUAUUACCAUGGUAACCUGCUCUAGCCCGUCACAGCGGGUAUUCCUGGGAUAGGAGGCUGACACAAGAGGUCGUGCAGCCGCAGUUUUUCUGGAUACUGUGAUCCUUGCAGUCAUGAAACAACCUGGCAGCUGGCCCAGAUUCUGAAAUAUCUCUCCAGCAACUCAGGAGCAGAGCCCAGCAAUCACCUGAGCUGGGCAGGGACCCGGUUACCAGAGUUCUUCCUUCUUUUCUUGUAUUUCUGUUGCCUUUAGAUGAUCUGUAGUUCUUACUUUGGCUGUUCCUGAUGGUUUUGAAUAGAAGUAGUGCUCGCUGCCUUUUAAUGCAUCCCCAAAUGCUCUAUCAGCAAACAGGAACACUGUGAAAGACUUGAGAUUCCAUUCACGGAGCAACAAUUCAACCCUUUCUCAUCCUAUUUGCCAAGGACUACCAGAUCCAAAAAGAUGGAAUAUACUUCUAGUACAGAGAGAACAUCCCAUGGAACUUCAGGGAGGCCACCAUGGGAAGCUAAUUGUGGCAUUUCAGUUUAUGGAGCAUGUGAAGAAAGUCAACAUUAGGGCAAGGGACAAACUCCAAGGAAGGAGCAUAAGGACUGUCUUACUAUUAUGUACCAUCUAUAUAUUGCAGUUCCUCCAAACACCCAACUCCGCUCCUGCUUCAUCCCUAUCUGAUGGGUAAUCUAGACAGUGUGUGUUGUCUAUACUGCUUCUACUAUUUAUAUACCCAGCAAAACAGGACUAGCACUCUGCUUGCUGGAUAUACAAUUCCAACAUUACUGUCUUUAUCAUUUUCCCAAAGGAACUUACCUCUGUAACAUAUUGGACAGCACAAUCAUACUUGAAAUGGGAUUUAUGUCAGAGCUGUAUAUUUAUAGAUCUCUAUUUUACUUGUAAGGAAUAAUGAUGACAUGUUUGCACAAAAAGAAAUGAUGUGUGCAUUUGUGUUUAGGGGAUGAGAAGAACUGGGAAAAUGAAAUGACAAGAGGAAGUGAGAGGCGAGAAAAACCCUUUCCUCUUCCCAUCCCCUAUUUUCACCUAUGACACAUUCCCCUUUGCUGCCAAUAAUCUCUUGUUUUCCAUGUUUUGUGUUUAAUUACAACCUUAAAUUUUGUUCUAAUUUCUCAUUGAUAUGGCGUAGAGCUGACCCUGAUACUUCCGCAUUUAGAAAUUCAUAAAAGGGAAGUAAGUGAAGGGAUAAAGUAAUAGCUUGUAGACCAAAGUAGAGGAUGACGAAUGGACAUUGGUUGGUCCCAAAUAUGCUAGAGAAUUUUUGGGAGUACAACUGCUUGUGGAGAAACUUUUAAGUGACUGCAGAAUGCAAUAAACUGAUCUGGGAAAUGUUCUUUUGAAUUUA